AUGGAUUGUAUUCUAGAGGUGGAUCAGUUUACAGCCGAGCUGAUUGUCCAGAUACAACUCGAAGACGCCUUCUUUUAUUCAGAAACCUCCAAAGGGAAAUCUCGAGAUCCUACAGACGAAGAAUUGGCUUUCCAAUUACAGAAGGAGCAGUUGGAAGCAGUCUCACACACUCUCAAGGAUAGGCGAAUGGCCAUGAGCUUUGCAGCAGCGGUUCAAGCUGAUGGUCGCAUCCUGGCUGAGACUCAGGUGGAAGAAGGGAGCGCGUCCAAAGACCGAAUUAUUGCGCGUCAAUGGAUGGAUGAUGAACAUCUUAUGCCACCCGAUGAUAUUGAGCCAGACACAGCGGGUUUGGAUGACGAGACUCUGGCGAAACUUCAGAUCUUGUAUGUAUCCGGUUUGGAAGAGUACCACAGCAUGGAGGAUGGGGACACAACCGGCACUGAAACUGAACACGCCGAAUCAUCUCUUGUGGAGAUGAUACAGAAUUUUUCAACGUGGCGCGUGUCCCCUGUCAACAUGAGUAUUGUCGUUCUUGUUUGGAAGCUCUAUUCAAAGCUUCAACAACAGACGAGUCGCUAUUCCCUCCAAGGUGCUGCCGACAACCCAUCAAUUUGA